AUGGCGCAAGUGCGCAAGUAUGCCGCGCUGCCCGACCUGGUAAACAAGACCCCACAUAGCAGACCAAGAGCAUUGAGGCUAACAAUCAAAACAAGGNACGAAUCGCCAGACACAUACGAGACGCCAGACCUAACAGACGACGCAUCCACGUUACCGACCUCAACAGCAUGGUCAGAGACAUCCGACACGGAAGCAAACCCCAGCAUCAGCCGAACCAAGCUCCAACCCGACGAGGCGCGAUCCCAGUUCCAAUCUUCGCGCGUCGACGCACGCGAAACCGAUUUCUCGGAUCGAGUGAGCAGCAAGAGAAGGGCAUAUGUGGUGAGCAACAGGGAGCAAGACCAAGAUGGUGAAGAUUACGACAGCGAAGAUGAGAAUGAGAGCUUGCAGAGGAAGCUGGCGAGGCUGAACAGGGAGAUGCAGGAGGUGCAGAAUGAGUUGGACAAGAGGAAGAGCGAGUCAAGUAGGACUCAGGCGCUCUCGGAGGACGAGGACAUGGCCGCUCAGUUAGCUCAACUGAGUACAGCGCUGGACGGCAUGCGCCAAUCGCAAUCCGCACAAGCCCGUCUGAGCAAACAACUGGCAACCUCGACACCAGCAAAGGCAGGUGCUGUGACAGUGCCAGAAUCAACCCGUCCCGAAGAGGCCACAAAAGAUACUGCCGACACACAAGCACUGAACAAGGUCGCCGACUUCGAUGCCCGCCUCGCACUCCUCGAACGCCAACUCGGCAUCACAUCCCUCGAUACUCCCGAAGCCUCCUUGACCACAACUUCAACCUUUACACCCAUCCUACCCACACUCUCGCUACUAGACCGCCAACUAGCCCUCCUCACCUCUUCCUCUUCCCAAUCCCACAUCGACACCCUAGCCCAUAAACUCCAAGAGCAACAAACAUCUCCCACAAAGCCAACCACGGACGCCAACCACGACUCCCAAUCUCCAGAAGAUAUGGCAAAACUACGCGCUCUCUACGCUCUCCUACCGACCCUGACAUCUCUGAGUCCCACACUACCUCCCCUCCUCACCCGUCUAAGGUCUCUACGAACUUUACACGCCAACGCCGUCACAGCGAGCCAAACGCUCGACGAUGUGGAACAAAGACAGGACGAAGCAGACAAGGAAAUCCGCGAAUGGCGCGACGGCCUCAAANAAGUAGAGGAAGCUGUUGCUAGAGCAGAAAGCGGUAUGCUUGAAAACAGUGCUGCUGUCGAAACUUGGGUCAAAGAGCUAGAGGAGAGAGUCAAGACGCUUGGGUAG